GGCCUCCGCGCGUCCCCUCCUCCCCCGCUCCCGCCCCGCCUCCCGCGCCGCCUCGCGUCUCCCGCCCGCCUGCUGUAGCCGGCGAGCAGCGCGGCACGUUGGCCCCGGCGCGGGGAGCUCCCGGGUUCGCUGGCGGGCGCCGGCGUGAGGACCUGCGAGCGCAGCCCGGGGCGGGGCGGGGCAGAGGGCUGGGCGGGCGCGGGGUCCCUGCGAGCGCAGUCUGAGGGGCGCCCGGGAGGAGGGAGCCGCCGUCCCGCCCCUGCGCGGCGCUCGGCCCCCUCGGGCUACGCGCGCGGCUACAACCUGGGCAGGGCGCGCUCCCCGCAUCCAGCAUCCCGCGUCCCCGCGGCCGGGCAUGUAGCAGCGGCAGCAGCGGCGGAAUAUGGGCGGGAACCACUCCCACAAGCCCCCCGUGUUUGACGAGAACGAGGAAGUCAACUUUGACCACUUUCAGAUUCUGCGGGCCAUUGGUAAAGGGAGUUUUGGAAAGGUAUGCAUCGUGCAGAAGCGAGACACUAAGAAAAUGUAUGCCAUGAAGUACAUGAACAAGCAGAAGUGCAUCGAGAGGGACGAGGUUCGGAACGUCUUCCGGGAGCUGCAGAUCAUGCAGGGGCUGGAGCACCCCUUCCUGGUCAACCUGUGGUACUCCUUCCAGGACGAGGAGGACAUGUUCAUGGUAGUGGACCUGCUCCUGGGGGGAGACCUGCGCUACCAUCUGCAGCAGAAUGUGCAUUUCACAGAGGGGACUGUGAAACUCUACAUCUGUGAGCUGGCACUGGCCCUGGAGUAUCUUCAGAGGUACCACAUCAUCCACAGAGAUAUCAAGCCAGACAACAUCCUGCUGGAUGAACACGGACAUGUUCACAUUACAGACUUCAACAUAGCAACGGUGGUAAAAGGAGCAGAGAGGGCUUCCUCCAUGGCUGGCACCAAGCCCUACAUGGCCCCAGAAGUAUUCCAGGUGUACCUGGAUGGAGGCCCUGGAUACUCGUACCCUGUCGACUGGUGGUCCCUGGGCGUCACGGCCUACGAGCUGCUGCGGGGCUGGAGGCCGUACGAAAUCCACUCGGCCACGCCCAUCGAUGAAAUCCUCAACAUGUUCAAGGUGGAGCGUGUCCACUACUCCUCCACGUGGUACAAGGGGAUGGUGGUCCUGCUGAAGAAGCUCCUGACCAAGGAUCCUGAGUGCCGCCUGUCCAGCCUUCGUGACAUACAGAGUGUGCCCUACUUGGCUGACAUGAACUGGGACGCAGUGUUCGAGAAGGCGCUGAUGCCCGGCUUUGUGCCCAAUAAAGGGAGGUUGAACUGUGAUCCCACAUUUGAACUUGAAGAAAUGAUUCUAGAAUCCAAGCCACUUCACAAAAAGAAGAAGCGGUUGGCAAAGAACAGAUCCCGGGACGGCACGAAGGACAGCUGCCCGCUGAAUGGACACCUGCAGCAGUGUUUGGAGACUGUCCGGAAGGAAUUCAUCAUAUUCAACAGAGAGAAGCUCAGGAGGCAGCAGGGACAGGACAGCCAGCUCUUGGACACCGACGACCAAGCUGGAGGCCAGGCCCAAAGCAAGCUGCAGGACGGAUGCAACAACAACCUCCUCACCCACACCUGCACCCGCGGUUGCAGCAGCUAAGCCCACACCUGUUGCUGCCCAACGGGACUGCACGCGUCUCUGCCCUGCCCACCCAGAACCCCUCUUGUGCCCUGAUGGUCCCUGUCUCAACCCUGAAAACAUCAGAUGCAGAAAGAGCCCUGGACUUGGAGCUGGGAAGCCUGGGUUCUGGUCUCAUCUCCUGGACUGAUUCACUGUGUGACCUCAGACACGUCACGCCCUCUCUGUGCCUCAGUUCUCUGCAUCUGCCAAAGGGGUUACACACUUCUGCCCCGCUUCAAAUUAUAGGAGUAUGGGGAGAGCCCGAUUAGGUAGGAGACAUGAAAAAUCUUUGAUAUUUAUAAAAUCAUUUUUACGUAUAAAUAUAACCUUAAUAUUUGAAGUGAACCCUCCUUCCCCAAAGCAAUUAAACAGUCAUGACUUUGCAAUUUGGCACAUCCUAGCUUGUUAGAGGGCACUUUUGAAAACCACAGCUCUGACAGCAAAAUACAUGUCUGAUAUGUUUGCCCCUUCUAAGGAAACAAUGCUCCGAAGCCCUGGAGCAAAACC